UUCUUCGCCUAGGGGAGAGCGCACCAAAGCUAUCGCAGUAUCACAACCACUCUCCGACGCCUCCCACGCCCGCCGCCCCAUCGCCCGCCGCCAUGAAGCAACAGGGGAACCGGCUGCAAGCAUCGGCUUCCCCGCCGCUGCCCUCGGACCACUCGCGGCCGACGCUGCCGCCGCCCACCGCCACCCCGGGAGAAGAGCACCCGCCGCCGGCGCUGCCCACCGCGGAGGCGGCUCAAGCAACGGCCAGCGCGAUGGUGGGGAAGGGCAACCGGCCGACGCGCUUCUCCGGCGCCGCGGCAUCCUCGUCUUCGCAGGGUGUGGGCAGGGCAGUGCAACCUUUCAGCAGCGACCAUGUGGAUUAUCUGGUUGAAAGAAAGAAGUGGGAUGAUCUUGAGACCUAUCUGAUGCAGUAUAUGGCUACCUUACAGCCAUUGCAAUCUCAUCCGAUGGUUUUCUUGCGAAUCCGGAUGUGUCGUGUGAUCGAUAUGAUUGACCAAAACAAGUUCGCUGAUGCUGAAGUGUAUUUCCGAGAUCAAAUGGUGAGCCUCUUCAAGAAAAUGAUUGAGCAAGGACCAGGUACUCUCAGGAAUGCUAGCAUUUCUAGCUUAUCUGAUGGCCUGAAGUACAUCAAUGACUGUCUCACCUCAAAGCAAAGAUCACAUCACCCAUACACCAGUUUACUUAUGACAAAGCUUGUGGUAAAUGAUUAUAUGAGACUGUACUUGCCCAAGGAGAUUGAGUACAAGAAUCCUCGUAAGAGGGAUGGCUUGUGGGCCUUUGCUUUUUCUCUGGAAUCGAAGUCUGCGACUAAACCCACAUUCAGGUGUCUAGCUUGCAGCUUGAAGGUCUUCAGUUCAGCAACUAUCCAAGACAUUCAGUUGCACCUAGAACAGUGCCCUGGAAUGAGUUCCCCAUAUGUUACAGAAUUGUUUGAAUACUUCAAAACCAUAAAGCAUUUGAGUGCUGGGAAGCAACCUGCACAAGUAGCAAAGGCUGGUGGGAAGAGGCAACGGGUUGAUUCCACCGCAGCAGCUGGUAACUCCUUCAAUGCUGAUACGCAGUAUUCCUUUCCAGAUCUACAAAGAGAGGUGCAAGGUGCCGAAGAACUAUUCACAGAGAUUGAUAAUGAAGUGCAUGAAGUAGUUGACAUGUACAAUGACAUGGGAACAAAGGUGGGAACAAUUCUUGGGUUGUUCGAUAGGUUGAGACCCAAAUUCAAGAAGAUGAAAGGUCUGGCAUGUGUUGGUCAUUCAGGUGUGCCUUCUGUAGCAGCAGUCACACAUCUUGUUGCUACGGAACCCAUCUCCACAAGGGACGAUGAAGGUGCAGAUGAUACUGCUGCAAACAAUGCGAUCGUCGAUGAAACAAAGGCUGUGAGUGCUACCCAAGUUCAGUCCGAUGGCAACUGUUUUUCUGAUGAAGUGAUGAGCCUACACGAAAUUCCCAGGAGUGCCAGUGAUCCAGUAUAUGAACUGGCUGAUGUUAAAGAAGUGUGCGGGUUCUUCGUGGGGGGGUUCCACUGAUUCUUUUUGCAGAGUCUGUGGUGGAGUCAUUUUUCUGGGAACUUCAUCUGUUGUGUCAAUUAGUUUCCUUGUGUUCUGUACCAAAUUUUCAUAGUCAGAACAUCAUUUGUUAUCAUUUGAUGAAUUAGUACUACCACCUCUCUCCUAUCUGUUGUUUAAUAUGU